AUGCCGCUUUGCACCAUCGAUGAGUUCGAAAAGGAGGUGCUAGAUAUCGGGGCUAACGCCUCGGAUGCGUACGAAGAGUCCGACGCGCCCUUCGCAGCCGACGCAGAUGACGACGAAGACCUGGGUGUAUUCGUCUUCUACCAGGGCGACGUGGACGGCGUCUGUGCGCUGUUCAUACUCGAGCAUCACAAGCGGCUUAGCCAUGGGCUGAAGUUGACCAGCUACCCAGUGCAGGGAGAAGCGGACAUAUACAGCUACAUAAAAAAGAACCUCAGCAUCAGUACAACGUAUCCAGACGUACAGCAUGAGGCUUACUUGAGGGUUGUACUGCUAGGGGUCCACGGCUGGGACCCGGAGGUCCUCUACGCCAUCAAGGUUCACUUCUCCCAGAAACUUCCAGAGUCUCGAAGAUCGGAACUCAAGAUAUGCAUCGUACCGUCUUCGAGACCGCUCACGUUUUUUAACGUCUCAUUCGACGCCGACUGGUAUUUUUUCGUCGAGAAUGAGCAGGAAGUGGCACUGGAGCAAUCCAUCCAAGAGCGAGAGCUAGUGGGUGGUAUAUACACGUCGACCUCGGUAGCCUCCCUUAUCGCAUCUAUCACCAAGACGACUCAUGAGUCCAGCAGAGCGGCAAUCAUGUACGCAUCGGCGGUGGCCACCAUCGGCCGCGUGGAGCAUUCCGGUGCUCUGGACACAUCCGUAAACACGCAAAUCACCAGGAUGUUCCAAGAGAUUUCGAUGUUGGAUGGUGGCCCGUAUGUGCAGUACGACUCAGAACGCACCCCUUUUCCUCUCAUAUCAUUCACGUCGUUGGAGGAAGCGCUCAAAAUAAGUCCAUACAUGUUCAUGUACGACCCGCAGCGCAAGAGGGAUACCUUGGCUGAAUUUCGGAUACACUGCGACCUCAUGACGGAUGAAUUCACGUCCGAGUUUUGCAACCUCGAUCCGAAACGACAGUCGCAGGUGCUCCGACAACUAAACGGGCGGAUUAAGCGGGUGGAUAUGACGCAGCUCAUGUGGCUGAGGCGCAGCAGCUCAAUGCCCUGUGUCGACAUGGUAUACAUUUUAAUCGCAAUUCUCGUUGGCUGGAUGAACAAGGACAACGAGUCUACCGUGGGGACCGCACCCGUCAUAGCGUCCGACUUCAUGUACAAUACACUCACCGACCGCAUGUCGCAGGAGUCCUUUUACGACAAGGUCAUCAUGACCCAGCUGAAGCAGAAAACGUAUCAGCUGGUGGUGGAUACCUACGACAGCAUCUCGUCGUCCAAAAUCAAGUCGCGCCUAUUCGGCACGCACAAGGUGCUCUUCGCCACGCUCUUCCCGAAGCACCCCGUGGAGCACAUUGACGAGCUGCGUUUCUUGGGAUUCAUGAUAUCCAGCUUGCACUCACGCGGAAACUCGGACGAGGGAUUCUGCCGCGUGCUGGUAUUCGUCCGAAACCCAGAUGCGGAUGGUAUACUGGCCUAUGGUUAUAGCCCCGACGUCAGCGGCAACUUCCCCGACUUAUGGGCGCUAGUGUUCAGCUCCGUUGCGCACGAUGACACAUCAUUUGUGUUCGACGUGUUCCGGCCGACGUGUCUGGACAUACGGACGGACGACGUGGAGGCGGCCAAGAACCGGAUAGUGGACCGUAUGCGCAUCGCGCUGGAGGCAAAACAAGUGUCGUACUUUGCCAACAACGAUGUGCACAGUGAUGAGGAAGCGUCUUUUGAGGGCAGCGACGAGGAAACCGAAGAAAGUCAGUGA